GUCGUAUGAUAAGGAAUAUUGACAGUUUUGGACAAAUGGUGUUUUUUGUUUCUGACCGGAUUUCUUUUGUCGUCGCUCUUUCAGUUUCCGGUCAUGCCAAGAGGAGUGGUGUGAUUAUUUAAAAAAAACUUCAGCGUGCCAAAAUGCAGGACCCCAACGAGGACACCGAGUGGAAUGACAUUUUGAGGAAAAAAGGGAUACUUCCACCAAAAGAAGUCCCGAAAGAUGACGAGGAGGAGGAAGAGUUGGCUCUCCAGCAGCAGUCUGUCGUGAAAACAUACGAAAACAUGACGCUGGAGGAGCUGGAGGAGAAUGAAGACGAAUUUGAAGAGGACGAUGAAGCCGCCAUUGAAAUGUACCGACAAAAGCGUCUGGCCGAGUGGAAGUCCUCACAGAUGAAGAACAUAUUUGGGGAACUGACAGAAAUCUCUGGUCAGGAUUAUAUCCAAGAGGUGAAUAAGGCGGGAGAAGGCAUCUGGGUGGUGCUGCAUCUCUACAAACAGGGCAUCCCCCUAUGCGCCCUGAUCAACCAGCACCUGAGCGUCCUGGCUCGCAAGUUCCCUCAGACCAAGUUCCUCAAGUCCAUCUCCACCACCUGCAUCGCUAACUACCCCGACAGAAACCUGCCCACCAUUUUUGUCUACUGCGAGGGCAACAUGAAGGCACAGUUUAUAGGGCCACUAGUCUUCGGCGGCAUGAACCUCACGGUAGAAGAGCUCGAGUGGAGGCUGUCCGAAUGCGGCGCCGUCAAGACGGAUCUGGAGGAGAACCCCCACAAGCAGAUCCGCGAUGAGAUGAUGUCCUCCAUCAGGUGCUCUCUCCCCACGGGUAACCACAGCGACGACUCGGACGAAGAUUGACACCUCCACUGCCCACACUUUUUUUUUUAAAUUAACACAUUUCAUACCUUAUUUAAGUCGUCUGCUGAAACCUCUGCCGGCCGGGUUAACGAUCAUGUGCUCGAACAACUAUCUUUUUACCUAUAUUGACUUACAAGAAACUUUUUUGCUCAAUACAUUUCAAUAGUGUCAAAAACUAAUUAAAUUAAAUUGUAAUUAAAGAAAAUACAUUGGCAGGUUGUUAAACUUGUCACCAUGGAAACCUUUAAUUUGAAAUGAGCCAACGUCUCUCUACCAGGGAAACAAUCAUGGAAGCCUUUGCGUUGAAAUAAAAGCCAAAGUCAGUCAUA